AUGGAGCAAGGAGAUACUCUCACGUCUAUGUAUGCCAAUAUUACGUAUCCGAAUGAGAAUCCAUUUUUUAACAUUUACACCCAGACAUAUGGGAAAUGUACAGACGAUUACGACCAGGAUGAUAUUCUACCUCCAAGUCCACACGGGAGACUGUGGUUCUCGCUUGUAUAUGACGCUGUCGUAGAACAACUUUCAGUGCGGUUGGUGAAAGCCAAGCACAUACCCGGACGGGGACGUAACAACACACCUCGGGACCCCUUCGUUAAAUUAUACCUAUUGCCUGAUGAGAGAAAUUGUCAACAAUCCAAAGUGCGUCGAAGAACUCAUGUGCCUGUAUGGAAUGAAACGUUUAUAUUCCAGGUUGGCUCGAAAGAUAUACAUAAGAGGACUCUUCGAUUAUCUGUGUAUGAUAUCGACAGAAGACGUGUACGUCACGCGCUUGGUCACGUGCUACUUAAUUUUGAUGACGUACAACUGGACAAAGAUGAGAUUAUAUGCAGAGAUUUGGAACUUGAGGCUCAGGCAACGGCAGUUCUAGGAGAGAUUAAUUUCACAUUGACAUAUCAGUCCAAUCUUGAUAGACUGCGGGUAGUCAUACACAGUCUCAGGAACAUUAAGGAAAUGGAUUUUGAGGAGUGUGGUGCGUAUGUCAAAGUUCAACUUAUGCAUGGCAGAAAACCCGUGAAAUCCAAGAAGACAUCUACGCAGAAAAGAACCAGUACACCGGCGUACAACGAGUCAUUUUCAUUCGGUACUAGCGCUAAAGAAAUGGAACGUUCCAGCGUACUGAUUACAGUGAUGUCGACGGGGCCGAACCGAUUAUCACAUGACGUAGAAUAUGGGAGAGUGUUAGUAGGUCCGUUCAUGUUUGCCAGGGGGGAUGCCUUACUUCACUGGCAGGAAAUGCUGACUAAGCCUAAGACCCGAGUGACAAAAUGGCAUGCUCUAAGCUCACCCAAUUCUUUUAUGUAG